AUACUUGUUUUAUGUAUGGUGGCAGAACUGGAAUUAGCCCGAAUAAAUGCUCUUCGAACCCCAAACUUAGCAAGUCAUUACUAUAGGUUUGUUUCUGAACUGGAUACUGCCAAUCCAGCCGAAUAUCUUUGCAUUGGAGAGAUAUAUUGUCGCUGAUACGACAAGUUGCUACAAGUUCAAAUCUGAAAGAUGACUUACGACGCAGAACAAUUAUUGGCGAACCAACUUAACAGAGACGGGGUAGAGACUUCAAGGUGGGGACGAGUGCAGAACAGUGCAUAUUUGGUUAGUGAAGAGCUUGGGUUGGUCAAUCUUUUGACUUGCUCACGAGAUGUGUACCUCAUUAUCUUCAUUCGUAUGAUCAGACUUGUUGCAUUCCAUGGUAUCCAACUUAUUUUAAUUGUAUAUCUCAAGGAGCUUGACUUUGACGACAGGCUCGUGGGGCUUUUCAUGACGUUGACAUUUUCUGGAGACUUGUUGACAAGUUUUGUCCUUUCGAUUGUUGCCGAUAACGUAGGCCGCAAAAAUAUUUUCAUGUUGUCAUCAUUCAUCAUGUUGUGCACUGGGGUUGCAUUUUUGUUCAUCAAGGACCAUAUUUUACUCAUCGUGAUAGCCUUCAUAGGGAUCAUGACCCCUGGUGGAGAUGUGGGACCUUUCAAAUCGCUCGAAUCGAGUUCACUUGCUUCAUUAGUGCCAUACGAAAAGAGAUCUGAUAUCUAUGCUUGGUAUGGGUUCUUAGCCAAAUGUUUUGCAUCCCUAGGAAUCAUGGGAGCUGGAUAUUUGGUCCUAUUUGCCCAGCAUAGAUUUGGACUUGAUGUUGUAGAUGCAUACAGAACGGUCUUUGUGACGUAUAUUGUGAUUUCCGCCAUGAUGUUCAUUACAGCUAUGCUUCUUUCACCUGCGGUUGAGUGGCAAUCAAGUGAAUACGAUCAUGCUACUCAUAAAUCUAGCCCACAAGAGGUCUUGGAGGCUGAUUCAAGCCAUAUAACGGUGGAAGAGGAGUACCAGGAAGAACAAGAGGAACCAGACGAAUCAGAUAAAGAAACCCAAGAAGAUAUACUUCAUAUGGUGCAAGAUAGUGAGAAUUCAACCUCAAUAGAAACUGCGGCACAAAUUUCAAGAAAGGAUAGUAUGUCGGAAGUUACGCCACUUCUCCCAAUUCUGAGAACUCAUCAACAAUCGUCUACAAACCCAAGUCAUAGUUCUACGUCUACUAAUACGAAUUCUGAUGUCUUCUCGAUGACAUCAAAGACUAGCAAUCGAGCUAAGGUAAAGGAAUCAAUCAAGAAAAUAAAAUCAAUUCGAAUCUUACCAAGACUCUCCAGAGACUCUUACAUUACAGUCAUCAAACUCUCAUUACUUUUCGGGUUAGAUUCAUUUGCAUCUUCCUUCAUUGGAGGAUCAUGGCAAGCCUAUUAUAUUCUUCACAAGUUCAAAGUGCAACCUGCAGAAGUUGGAUCCAUAUUUUUCGUCACUGGAAUUAUUGCCGGAUUUAUGUCCCUUUUGGGUUCAACCCUCUGUAAGAGAAUUGGACCCAUCUUGACCAUGGUUGUCACACAUUUGCCUGCAUCAAUAUUAUGUGCAAUACUACCAUUAGCACCUACACUUCGUUUGACAUUUAUCCUUCUUGUAGUCAGGUCAUGUGUACAGGCCAUGGACGCAGCCCCUAAACAGGUGUUCCUUAGUGCCAUUGUACCGCCCAAUGAACGGACUUCAGUUAUUGGAUGGGUGAACGUGGUCAAAACUUUAAGUCAUACGCUUGGACCAAGUGUUGCAGGGGUAUUUUUAAGUUGGGAUAAGCAAUGGAUGUGUUUUGUAUUUGCCGGUGUGCUCAAGGUUGCAUAUGAUUUGGGAAUCAUGGUGACAUUCAUGGAGAUGAACCGCGACCAUCACAUACAUUGAGCAGCACCUUUACUGUUGUAAGUACAACUAUUUAAAAUUUAUUUAAUUAAUUACUCAUUUUCUCAUGGGAAUGUGAAACUGGAAUUUAACCAUUUGUGCGUAAAACUUUAAAAAUU